CCGGCGUGAUUCAUUCACCAGUCACACCUCCGUGAAGCUGGGUCCAUUCGGAGGUGUUAUGGCUGGCACCGCGGGCGCCUUGGUCAGGCUGCUCGGCCUUCUGUGGCUGUGGCGCUGCGCCCUGGCACUGGCCACCCCUGGGGCGUCCCACCUCAAUGCGCAUUCUCUUAGCUUUAACAUCACUGUGACUCCUAAGAUGCAGCUAUGGUGUAAGGCUGAAGUUCAAGUGGACAGAGAGCCCUGUUUCACCUAUGACUGCCAGAGCAAGCAGGUCAUGCCUGUCUGUGUUCAGGGGAAGAAGGUGGAGGAUUCACUCAUGAAGGAACUAGGAAAAAUUCUGGAAGACUUGACAGGAGAGUUCAAAAAGAAGUUUCUUGACUCUGAAGCAAAGGAUGUCCGAGGCAGCAGUGAGCCCCCGUCCCUGCAGGCCAUGAUGGUGAUCCAGGAGGAGGCCAGUGGACUCAGCCGCGGAUCGUGGCAGUUUGUCAUCAAUGGACGUGUCUCCCUGCAUUUCAACAUGGUGGACAGAACCUGGACUGUGGGCGAUCCUGGAGACGCGUGGAUGUUGCAGAAGUGGGAGGACAAAUACUUGAAUAAGUUUCUCUCGAUGAUGUCCAAUGGAGACUGCAAGACGUGGUUUAAUAAUGUUAUAGCCAACUGGGCCGUUCCGGCAACGACAGACCUUUCUUCCACUGCUCUCGCCUUGGCAUCUCUUUUCUCCUCUCACCUGUCUGUAUCUGGAAAGCAAAAGUUCCACCUUAGCGUCAGCCCUGAGAGGACUCUGUCACCUUCCUGUGGUCGCUGCUCUUCUGUCCCACAGGAGACACUGCACUGCCAAGUCCGACCCCAUGCUCAGUCCCCGGCACAGGGGGGUCCACAGGUAUCCUGCCUGAAUUCAUCAUUGUGAUUGCCUUCGUCUGCCUCGCCUGCCUCAUCAUAUGCUUUAUAAUAAUAUGAAAGACAAGCUGUAUGGAGUGCCUGAGAGUGUGGAUUUCUGGGUGCUGCUCCUUCUGUGCCUCCAGACGUCCAGGUGCUGGUCGCCCAGGAGCUUCAGUCCCUGUAGCGUCUGGGGACACCUGCCGAGAGGGCUGGCCUCAGCCCAGCACUUUCAGGUUGGAGAUAUCCAGCACUGCAUCCUGCCUGCUGAGUCCCCUGCUCUGGGGGUGAUUUGGAUGCCUCUGGCCUAUGGACUUCCCACU